CUUCGAUCGCGAUAGGGGUGCUCAUAUCGAAGUUGGCGCCAAACUUCGACUUGUCUGGUUUUGCCACGGCGAGUUGUGGAUUGAUUCUACGUUGAUCUUUGGUCGCUGCUUGCUGCUCUGUUGACUGCGCGCCGCCACCGCCGCCGUAGCCUACAACACAGGUCGAUCCCAUCCCACGUCUGUACGUCAUUCAGCCCUUACGUUCAUGGCCGAUACUGCUACGUCUCGUGAACGCGAGCCCAUCCUGAAGCGGCCUCGGAAGCCGUCGAUCGGUCGUCGACAGCUGGGCGUGCUGCCGGUAGCGAUGAUCACGUACUUUAACGUGAGUGGGGGACCAUGGGGAAGUGAACCGAUCAUCUCGUCAUGCGGCCCGUUGAUCGGCAUCCUUGCCGUGUCCAUCUUUCCCUGGAUCUGGUGCCUACCCACCGCGCUUUUGUUUGCCGAACUCUUUAGCGCGUUCCCGACCGACAGCAGCUUUUGCACAUGGGUAGGACUAGCGUUCGGUCGCCCCAUGGGGUUCCACGUCGGCUACUGGUCCUGGGUCGGCGGGGUCAUCGACAACGCCAUCUAUCCUUGCUUGAUCGUCGACUCGAUCAUCUCCAUCACGUCCGGCGGCAUCCUGGGCGUACAAGACAUCAGCAACGAAAACACAGCGUUCGGGGUCAAAUUCGCGGCUCGCGUCAGCAUCGCCAUUCUCUUCAUGGUGCCCACGCUCUUCAGCAUCAAGAUCGUGGGCCGCACGAUGCUCGUGCUGGCCAUCAUCGUCGCCAUGCCGUUCGUGGUCCUGGUCGUCGUGGCCAUCCCUCAAGUGAAUCCGUCCAACUGGCUCGUCGUCAGCGAAGACCGCAACUGGGUCAACUUGAUCAGCGUCUUGUACUGGAACUACAGCGGGUUCGACGCCGCUGGCGCCUACGCGGGUGAAAUCGUCGACCCGAAGCGGACGUAUCCCCGCGCGAUGGUGCUCACGGUGAUCCUCAUUGCCCUCACGUACUUGAUCCCGUUUGUGGCCAUCACGGGCGUGGACAAGCCCCACUAUGCGACAUGGGUCGAUGGAUCGUACACGUCGAUUGCGCUGGGCGUGGGCGGCAUGUGGCUGUGUGGGUGGGUGGUCGUGUCCAACUUCUUUGGCAACUUGGGGCUUUACAUGGCCGAAAUGACCAAAGAUGGCUUCCAACUGGCGGGGAUGGCCGACUCGGGCCUGGCGCCGUCGUUCUUUGCCGUCCGCGACACGAGCUCGGGCACGCCGCGCCGGUCGAUUUUCUUGUCGUUUGCGAUCAUCGUGUUUAUGUGCUUGUUUGAUUUCGACACGAUUUUGGGCGUCGACAACUUUUGCUCGGCGCUGUCGAGUGUCGUGGAGAUCUGCGCCGCGGUCCGCCUGCGCUACACGCACCCUGAAAUCGACCGUCCUUAUAAAGUCGGCCUCUCGGAUGCACGGCUGACGGUUGCGAUGGUCGUGCCGUUUGUCGUGGGUGUGUACAUUGUCGGCAACGAGCUCCUGAUCAACACGACCACGAUGGUGCUGUGCUCGGUCACGGUCGUGGCGGGCGUGGUGCUCCAGAGGUGCUGCCUGGACGGAGUCGGUGGCAGCACCAACUGCUUCUUGUCCGUCUAACCAAUAUGAAGGGUAGCGUCUAUUAACACGAUAAUUCUUAACAACCAAGGGAUUUCAGUUGUCAUA